CAACUACAAUCACCUAUUAAUCAACGCAUACUUCCAAGUACAACAACAUGACUACCAGCCAUCCCCACAACAUCCUAAUCACCGGAGCCUCAGGCUACCUGGGAGGAACGCUCCUCUCCCGCUGGCAAGCAGCCCAACUACCUUCCCACGGCACCCUGUAUGCUCUCGUGCGAACCGAGCAACAGAGCCAGGCCGUGCAGCAAUGCGGCGCUACUCCUUUAUACAUCAACCUCGAAGACGACCAGAACAUUAUCAAGACCAUCAUUGACCAUGAAAUCUCCAUCAUUUACUUCCUCAUCGACGCCGCCAGCGCCCGCACCCAAGUCCCCAUGAUCCAGGCUCUGGGCCAAGUGCGCGAGCGCACCGGAAAGACCGUCCAUUUCUUGCAUACUUCUGGUGCUAAGCUAUUUAGUAGCCACGCGGGACAUCCGACCGAUCAUGCAUUCGCGGAUGCUGAUCCAGGGCUGUAUGAAUUGCAGAGGACUGCGAAGCCGUCGCAUCCGUGGCUUGGGCCGGCCCUGGAGGCGAAUAAUACCGUGAUCGACACAGCAAAAGCACAUGGAGUGCGCAGCUACAUCUUCAUUCCGUGUGUGGUCUACGGACCGGGAGAAGGGUUCGGGAACCGCAUCUCCAUCCAGACGGUCGCGAUUGUCAAGGCGGCUCUGAAAGCGAAGCGUGUGUAUCGGGUGGAUUCGGGACGGCCGGUGUGGCCCGUCGCUCAUAUCCAAGAUACCGUCAGCCUGUAUCUGGAUCUGCUGCGGAAAAUGCUUCUCGAGGAAGCGCUGGAUUCUGGAAGGCGGGGGUACUAUUUGGCUGCCUCGGGCACGGUGGCGUGGGAUGAUCUGUAUAGUGCUAUGGCGCAAAGGCUGGCGGAAAGGGGAGCGAUUGAGGAUGCUACGGUGGCAGAUGCCAAUGAUGCUGUCUUGGAGAAGAUAGGCGAGGCGCUGAGUCGUCCCAAGGACUUUGUGCCUGUGGAAUUGGGCGGAGGAUGUGUGCUGGAUGCCCAGCAUGGACGGCAGAUUGGCUGGCAGCCGCAAUACAAAGCCGAGCAUGCUCUCACCGCUGCAAAAGAGGAGGUGGAUUGGAUCUUGGAGCAUCUGGACCGGGUCUGAAUGGUAUAGACAUCGUAGGAUGAGCAAUCGACCCGUGUGCGUGAAGGAUUCUAUUUAGCGAUUGACACUAUGAUUACAUAUAAGCUCAAGGAAUAAUAUCAAGCGCCAAACAGGACUAGCUAUGGCGAAUACAACAAGACCCUCUAAUCCCAAACGGACGAGAAACAUUCAGUAAUAUAUCGUAUAUGGAAAGUAAACAACAACACAACCCAUGCAGCAGUUAUUGAAUUCUUUUAACGCAAGGAUGGUGCAUGACUAUUGGCCGUCUCUUCAGGCCUUGGAAAGCUCUCCUCUCAUGCGGUCAUAGUUGACCACAGCUUCCAGCAGCGUCUGGGUACCGAGAGCACAAUCAGCCGGACUACAAUACUCCUCAGGAUGAUGGCUGACACCCUCCUUGCACGGCACAAAGAUC